AUGAAAAGUUCGCUAGUUACUAUAAUUAUUACAAAUUUGGUCUUAUACGGUAUAUCCGAGAGCUUGGCGCAGCUGAUUCUUUCUUAUCGACUGGAUCAACCUUUGAUAUCGUUUAAUCUAAGAGACUCAACCACCGAUCCCUGGAUGCUUGGUGGUGGUGGUGGUGCAAACGGAAAUCUAAACCAGAUGAUCGCUAGAGACUUUGACGAUAGCGCCAGCAUUGAUGAAGAAGGACUAGAUAGAUUCAUAGACUACUUGGGACGAGAAAACGAAGAAAUCAGGGAUUUGGAAGAAGAACAAGACUUUACACCCACACCACCAAUUCCUCUCACAUACUUCCAAUUUGAUAGAUUAGCAGGUUUCAUGUGUUGGGGCUUCAUAAUGGGGUUUGUCCAAUGUUUGUGGUACAAGUUUCUACAAAUUUAUUCCAAGGAUCCUAAAUUUAUUGAAGUCUUGAGAAAAGUACUCACUGACCAGUUGUGCUUUUCACCAGUGUCAUUGUUUUGCUUCUUCACUUAUGGUACUAUUGUGUUGGAAAAUGGAACGUGGGAAGAUACCAAGCUCAAGUUGAGCAGGAUAUAUUUGAAAACCUUGAUAAUAAACUAUUCAGUUUGGUUUCCUGUCCAAUUUUUCAAUUUUUUAAUCGUACCUAGAAACUUUCAAGUCCCGUUUAGUUCGUCAAUCAGUGUGUUGUGGAAUUGUUUCUUAUCCAUGAGAAACUCAUCAAGUUAA